CAGAGUAGCUUAUUCUAAGCAAACCAAGAGUCCCUCUCCGUGAUAGAUAUACUACGAGAGAGAGAGAUAUUAAGUAAUAUUUGCGGCAUUGCUGGGUGUCAAAAUCUGAAACCCUAGACAGAGCUCAAGAGUUAUGGAGGGGGUGCUCUCCACGACUGACAAGCAGAGCAUGGUCUCGUCCUUUUUGGAGAUCGCCGUUGGCCAGACCGCCGAUACCGCCACACAGUUCUUGCAGGCCACAAGUUGGAAGCUUGAUGAAGCUAUUCAGCUCUUCUUUGUGGGUAAUGAUGGUGGGCAAGUGGUUACAUCUUCACAGUCUCCUCCGGCAGAAGAUACGAAUUAUUUGGCUUAUCAAAAUGCUGGUAAUUUGGAAAGGGACACGGUAAAUGAAAAUGAUGGACAAAAUGAAGGAGAUGAAGUGCGCCCCCCUUUACCUGUUAUAAGGGAGGCUCUUUAUGAUGAUGCAAUGUUGUAUGGAGCAUCAAGGAUGGGAAUUGCAUCUCGUGAACCAAGUUCAUUAGUUGCAUUCCGUAAUUUUGAUGAGGAAAUGAAACGGCCUGAGGUUUGGGAAUCGGACCAGGGCACUUCAUCUACAUCAGAUAAUCCUCGAGAUAAUCUUGCUUCUUUAUAUCGUCCUCCCUUUCAUUUGAUGUUCCAUGGGCCCUUUGAAAAGGCAAAAGAUGCUGCUUCUGUCCAGGACAAAUGGCUCCUUGUUAACUUGCAAUCAACCAAGGAGUUCAGCUCUCAUAUGCUUAAUCGCGAUACAUGGGCAAAUGAAGCUGUUUCUCAAACUAUUGGUACCAAUUUUAUUUUCUGGCAGGUGUACGAUGAUACAACUGAAGGCAGAAAGGUUUGCACAUAUUAUAAAUUGGAUUCCAUUCCUGUAGUCCUCGUCAUUGACCCCAUUACUGGUCAAAAAAUGCGCUCCUGGUGUGGAAUGGUUCAACCUGAGCGAUUGCUGGAGGAUCUGUUGCCUUUCAUGGAUGGUGGCCCAAAGGAUCAUCACAUAACUCUGUCUAACAAACGUCCAAGAGAAAGUUCUUUGACUUCUCGACAAAAAAGUAAAGAUGAAACAAAUGAAGAAGAUGAGGAAAUGCAACGAGCAGUGGCAGCUUCUAUGGAAAGCAUGAAAGACUCAUGUGGGGUUGCUGCUAAAGACAAAGAUGCAAGUGUGACUGUUGCUGGGGAGGAAGAAACAUGCUCCACGAAGAAGCUGACAUAUCCACCUCUACCUGAAGAGCCCAAGGGUGACAGGAACCUCCUUUGCAGGGUUGGAUUCCGUCUUCCAGAUGGACGCAGAGUCCAGCGAAAUUUCUUCCGCACUGAUCCAAUACAACUGCUGUGGUCGUUUUGCUAUUCUCAACUAGAAGAAGCUGCGACAAGGCAAUUUCGCUUGACACAAGCGAUCCCAGGAGCAUCAAAUUCUCUGGAUUAUGAUAACCAAUCAACCUUUGGGGAGUCGGGGUUGGCCAAUUCUAUGAUCUCAGUUACUUGGGACUGAAGAACGUCUUCUUGGGGACUGUUUGUGGAAUUUCUUCAACUGGUAGAAUUGUGCAUUGCAGAGUUGUGGUUAAUUAUUUGCUUGCUUUCUUUGCUUUUUGUGUAACUCCCAAUUUAAAAUGAUGGUAAAGCUUAAACAUACUUUAAGCGUAAUUAUGUAAAUACUCUUUAUGUAGGGGACAUGAAUUUCCUGUUGUC